CGAUUCAUAUGUUAAUCACGCACCUGUCGGUGCAAUUGUCAGCUAUUUUUUCACCGUGACCAUAAAUUAUAGGUUUUUAUAAGCGAAAAUUGUAGGAUUUUGUUCUUAUUUACAAUAUUCGUCAAAUUCGGUGCUACCCAUAAGGCAAUAACACAAAAUGGAUUCUUUCACGAGUGUUCGUGCAGCAAGAACUGCAAUCAGUUUCUUCAAAUCUGCUUCUUUACGCCAAUGUGCACUAGGUACUGCUACAUUGCCAGAAAGCAGAUAUUUAAGUACUGUAGCUGUCAGCAAGCAAACAACACAAUGUUGUCAUCAUGGGCACAAAAUACAAUUAAAAUUUCGAUGUGUAACCAGCCUGGCAGAACAGUUUCAGGAAGCAUAUUCAGCCAAGCAGAAGACAACAAAUUUUCUAUCCUUAUUUCGAACAGAAGAAAGUGAACCAGCUCGGCAGUCCAUGGAUCAAGAGGGAAUGUUUUAUACGGUGGCUGAAGCAGAUGUUAAACAGGUCUUUGAGAAAGGGUUACCUUUGCAUUUUACCAGGCAGUCGAAAACUUUUAAUGAGACAUGUUUCAUGGUUCGUCGACCAGCAUUACAAGUGAUCGAGCAUUUAAAAAAUCUGAAUCUUGAGCAUCCAGUUCCGCGUUUUGUGCUCUAUGGGAAGAGGGGCAGUGGAAAAUCACUGACAAUUGCUCAUGUGUUGCACUUCUGCUUCCAAGAAAAAUGGCUCCUUGUUCAUGUUGCCUUGGCUCCUGAAUUCAAUCGCAAGCAGCAGGAAAUUUCCCCAUCAUCACACAAACCAGGCCGCAUGGAUUUGCCUGUUGAAGCAGCAGAUUGGCUCGUUCACUUUCGUAAUCAGAAUCUACCUUUUCUGAAAGACAUCAAGACCAGUCAGAAAUAUGUGUGGAGUAAGAGGGAGGCUACAGAGGAAGGAAGUUCACUUUUGGAACUCAUUGAGUUUGGUCUAAACAGAAUGAAGUUUUCAUCAGAUUGUGUUGGAGCAAUUCUUAAGGAGAUUCGUACCCAAGCAGCAGUACGCAAGCUGAAAGUUUUGGUUGCUGUUGAUGGUGUAAAUGCUUUCUGGAACCGGACAGGUAUCAAGACACCGGAGCGAGAGAUGCUUAUGGCUGGACAGAUCUCUCUUGUUCACAACUUUAAGAAAAUGCUGCUGUCUAACUGGACAAGUGGUGCUGUUUUAUGUUCAGUAGAUAUUUCUGCCAAGCCUUUGCAAUCCAGAGAACAGCAUACACCUCGGUAUCUUCUUGGAAAGGAAGGCUUUGAGUGGUUUGAUCCAUUUAUUCCUAUACAUGUUCCUGACUACAAUGAUAAAGAAGCAUACAGCUGCCUCGAAUACUAUUUGGAUCGCCACUGGAUUCAACAUGAAGGAGCUCAAACUGAGGAAGGGAAGAAAGAGCUGUUAUUCUUAAGCAACAAAAACCCAUUCCAGCUUCUCCAAAUUUGCUCUUCAAAAUGAUCUUUUCUGUAGUUAAUGUUUUACAUAAAACUGGACAAAAAGAGGGUGAAAGUAAAUCAUGAUAGACAAACUGUUCACCAGUCAGAAUAAAAUGACGAGACUGCCGCA